AUAUAUACACACGCGUGGCACAAGAUUACAUACAUAUUGAAAGCCUUUCCGAAUAAUAAUAACUGACAGAUGCUCUUCUCCGUAACACAACCACACACAAAAUGACACUCUUCCCUUACUCUCUUCUCUUCCUCUUCCUUCUCCUCCGUAUCUCCGCCGUCUACCCUCUCCCGCCGGCGAACUACUUCAACUCCUUCUUGCCUUCCGAUGCCGUUGCGCUACUCUCCUUCAAAUCCACCGCUGAUCUCGACGACAAGCUUUUAUACUCCCUCACCGAGCCUUACGACUACUGUCAAUGGCGCGGCGUCGAGUGCUCUCAGGAUCGCGUCGUUCGUCUCGUUCUCGCCGGCGUCGGACUCCGGGGAAAUUUCUCUCCGGAGACUCUAAGUCGUCUUGACCAGCUCCAAGUUCUUAGCCUCGAGAAUAACUCGCUCUCUGGUUCGAUUCCUGAUCUAUCCCCACUCGUCAAUCUCAAAUCCCUAAUCCUAAGCAGGAACGGUUUCUCCGGUACUCUCCCUCCUUCGAUUCUCUCGCUUCGCCGGUUAAUCGUGCUCGAUCUCUCAAACAACAACUUCACCGGUUCGAUUCCGUCUGAGAUCAAUGUACUGAGUCGACUCAGUUCCUUAAACCUCGAGUUUAACCGACUCAGUGACACGCUCCCGCGGCUGAAUCUUCCGUAUAUGACGUCGUUUAACGUUUCCGGGAACAAUCUCACUGGAGCGGUUCCGGUAACGGCGACUCUGUCGCGAUUCAACGCGUCCUCGUUCUGGUCAAACCCUGGGCUCUGCGGUGAGAUAAUCAACAGAUCCUGCGGUUCACGCUCUUCCAUGUUCUUCAACUCUCCGAAACCGAACGCCACGUCAUCAUCUUCUUCCUCGCAAGCGCCGGGAGGGCAAACGGCUCAGACCGCGCAAAACGGUGAAGCAGCGAUGACUAUUCCGGCGCCGGUGGAUUCAUCAGCGAAUACAAAAGGCAAAAAUGGAUGGUUGGUGCUCGGUUUCACCAUUGGCCUCGCGUCGCUGAUAGUCCUCGGUCUCUGCCUCGUCGUGUUCUCGCUGGUUAAGAAGAAACGGAGAGACGACGAUGACGUGGUGACGUUUCAACCGAAUCGAAAAGGAGACAAUACGUUCACGCAACCACCAACCGAUGCCGUUCCAAUCUCGAAUUCAAAUUUCAAAUCUCAGAAGCGCGAAGAGGAAACCAAAACUCAAAACCCGCCGCAGAAGAGAGUCCCAAGAAGUGGAGAUCUGAUUUUCUGCGGCGACGAUAACGGAGGAGGUGAAUCGGGAGAAGCCAUGUACACACUAGACCAGCUGAUGAAAGCUUCGGCGGAGCUUUUAGGGAGAGGAUCGGUAGGGACGACGUAUAAGGCGGUGAUGGAUAACCAAAUGAUCGUGACGGUGAAGAGAUUUGCUCCGUCGACAACAGCGAUUACCUCCGAUUUGGCGUUCGAGAAUCACAUGGAGAUAGUGGGUAAGCUCAGGCACCCGAAUCUCGUGCCGAUUAAAGCUUAUUUCCAGUCAAACGGAGAGAGACUUGUCAUCUACGACUACCAACCUAAUGGAAGUCUCUUCAAUCUUGUUCACGGUGCAAGAACUUCAAAGGCAAAGCCAUUGCAUUGGACAUCAUGUUUAAAGAUAGCAGAAGAUGUAGCUCAAGCACUACAUUACAUUCACCAAUCAUCUGCAAAAUUCCAUGGGAAUCUCAAGUCCACUAACAUCCUCCUCGGUCACGACUUCGAAGCUUGUCUCACAGAUUACUGUCUCAGUGUCUUGACAGACUCCUCUGUCCCUCCCAGCGACCCUGACAUGGCUUCCUACAAAGCACCAGAGAUCAGGAAAUCAACAGUAAACAGUCCCACAUCCAAAUGCGAUGUAUACUCGUUUGGAGUCUUCCUCUUAGAGCUACUGACCGGUAAAACAGCUUCGAGGCAACCGUUUAUGGCGGAAGACGAUAUGUUGGAUUGGGUAAGAGCAAUGAGGCAAGAAGAGGAAAGGUCAAAUGAAGAAAAUGGGCUUGAGAUGCUGACUGAAAUGGCUUGUCUUUGCCGUGUGACAUCGCCGGAGCAAAGGCCGACGAUGAGAGAAGUGAUCAAAAUGAUUCAGGAUAUAAAGGAGAGUGUGGUAAUGACUGAAGAGAAUGAUAAGUUCCAGUACUCGUAGUGUUUUUGCGUUUUUGAGGGGUUAAACCGGAGAAGAAUGAGGAUAUUUGUCUACUUAAAAUUGUAAAUUUUCUUAAGAUGGGAAGGGGGAAUUUGUGAUAUUUGUUUUUUGAAAUUUUGGAAAAAUCUCGUCCAUGUGAUGACGUAGAUAGAUUUUUGCCGGUGAAGAUAACGUGCACCACGGACAUGUGGUUUUGAAUA